UUGCCACUAUUUACAUUAUUAGUUAAUAAUCUAAAAAUGCCAAUUAAUCAAUUGUACUUUUAAAAAUGUUGCUUCCUCCAGUCAUUCGUCUCUCACAAUCCACACGCCUCGCUGGGCCGCACCUCUGGCGCAACUCUCGCCGUAGCACUUCCCCUUCACCGAAAUCUCACUCGACGCCUCGCUCGGAACUUCGCUCGGGACUCCGCCGCACUCGCGGCAUUAUCGCCCAGAAACUUCGCCGCGGGAGAACUCCCAACUGAACACUCCGAACUGACUCCCUGCCCUGGAACCUUCGUCCAAGGACUUCGCCACUCUGCCGCACCCGCGGCACUAUCGCCCCGGAAACUCCGCCGCGGGAAAGCUCCCGCCUGAACUCUCUCUCUCUGAACUCCACUGACUCUCUCGAGGCCGCCGUCCUCGUUUUAUCUAUCAGCCGCAAUUUCCAGAACUCGCGAGAUCGGCCGGGGCCUGUCGCGUCACUCCGAGCCGUCCCGACGGCAGAAAUCUCUCGAAAACACGUGUCGGCGGCUCGCGCAACUCCCAGCUGUCAGGUUUCAGUUACGUGUCAAAGGAAUGGUGCCACGCGGGGAGUGUUGGGAAGGAGGGGGGAAAGGACGAUCCUUGUUAUCUUCCAGGCGCCCGCAGCGCAUAUCAUGUUGCGGCAGUCGCCAGCCAGCUCUGCACCUGCACGUAUCCCGCCCUUGCUCACGUUCGUAACAUUAUGGUCUUAAAGGCGGCGACGGGACUGGCCAAGCCCACCAAGUACCACUACUACCCGCACAACGAGCACAUCUAUCUGCUGCCCGAGUGCGCGGUUCAGCAGGUUUGCAACGCGGUGUACGUGCGCCUGAACAUGACGCAGCCGCUGUGCGCAUGCGCGAGCCGACACCGCGACCCCUGCUCGGCCAGCACCAACUCCGACGACCAGCACACCACGGAGCUGGUCACUGACUCCAGCGGCAAGGCGCUGACGCUCGUGAAGACGUGCGAGGCCGCGGCGGAGAUGCGCGACUGUCGCUUGCCGCGCGACUGGUCGCUGCUGGCGCUGCAGAACGUGCGGACCGGCAAGUCGCACUACCUCGUGGUGUGCCGCUGCCCUGCCUCGGGCGUGCUGGAAGGACCUAUCAGUCACGACCAGCCCACGUACGCCAGCGUGCCCGGCAUACGAGUGUACGGCAUGGUGUGUCUCCCCAGAAGGACCCGGCGCUCCGUACAGGCGCGGAGAGCCAGUCGUUCCAUUCCGUGGUCCACUGUUAAACGCCUCGCCGAAACGAUACGGUGGUAGUAGCGGAGCGGAAUGUGGGAAACAGCGGGAGAAACUCCACGAGUGCAGAACCGGGCCAAUAGAAGAAGUCACGUGAACUUUAGUGUCGCUUCUGAUGAGAAGUGACCAGGUGUGUACGCAUGCCACCGGGUGAACAUUCGUAAAGCUGCGUUAGCGGUGAGGAAUUUGUCCCAACAGUUGAUAUGCGUCCGGAAAGAAGAUAGAGUAAUUCUGGACAUACCAUCAUCUUAUGAAACUCAAACCUUCUACGUAUUAUGUUUACGACAAACUCAAAAGCUUUUUUUAGGUGAUACACGAACACAGAAACAUCAAGACAACAACUGUCUAUAGUGCUGAACAAUUUUUAAGACUUAAAUGUUUUAUUUUUUGGGAAAUAAAUGGUGCAAAUUAUGCGUGUUGAUUUAGGCUAUAGUUAAAAUAUAUAUUUACUAACUAUUACAACAAAUAGUAACAUUUAAAAAACAUCCACAACGAUAUUUAUAAACAAAGUCCACCGCAUACAUAAAUAAACUAUCCAUAUUUAUAAUUUCAAUCGUUAUAACAAUGAACUGGCUCCGUUUAUCCACCUCUUAUGCAGGCCACUCGUAGAUGUGAAUUUGCUAUUAAAUAAUGUUCGUUACUGAACCAAGUGAGUAAGCAACAACAGCAAAACCUGUGACACGCGCAUCUUUAUUAAUAACAGAUUAGGCAACCAGUAGGCUAGGGGGUCCUGUGCUCUCAACGCAAUGAAAGCUCUCCCAUAUUCAAUUAACAUAAAAUAGGGGUAAAUUAGAUUCACAAAUAUUUGACAAAACAACUGACUUUUUUUUUUUUUUUUCUUUUUUUUUUAAGAAAAAUGCACAGUUUACGAAUAUCAUAAAAAAAAACUUUCAAACCAGGAAAACUGAUAUGUUCAUUGAGCUACAUAUCUUACACCGCCUUGCUUGCUGCCUGGAAAAUGCGACUGUGGUAUUAACAUGUAGAUAGUUCAGACGGAAACAUGUCUGCAUGAAGCCAUUUUCGAACCGUCAAGUUGAGGACUUAGGUUUAGUUACCCCGGAAAACUAGAAUAAACAUCAUCAGAAUGCUCUCCUAGGCUAUUUGAGGAGUUCGCGUGCUCUUCCAGCUAUGUAAAUAAAGACUUCAGACCUUGAAACUACCUAGGGCUCUUACUUGGUUAUCGGGUGGAUUGAGGACCUAAAUUUGUUAUUUGGAACCUGACUUAAGUGUCUAAUAGCCAGACACACAAAUAAAUAAUAAUGUAUUGCCUAGUAAAAAAAAUUGUUUCAACAUAACAAUCAAGAAUAUUUAUAAACCUUUUUUAUUGUACAUAGCACAUCAUUUAUAUUCAAAACUGUUUCUACCUACUUGUUUAUCAAUGAUAGAUAUGUUUUAUUCUUUUAAAGGUUUUUAUUUCUUUUAUAAACGCAAAUUAUUGCGUAUAAUAUAUUGGGAUCCAUUGUGAAGGGUUAUUGGUCUCUAAGAACUAUAAAAACACUUAUUUAUAUGCAUUAACAUUUAAAGUACUGCUUUGAAAUACUAUUUUUAAAAUUUAUAUUGGGUUUAUAAUCAUGUAUUACAGUUGACUCCGUCAAGGAUUUUUAGUUGCAGGUUUUGUUUGAAAUAGAAAGCUGGGUAUAUUGUGUUUUAUUUAUACAAUGUGCCAUUCUGUGAAAAGAAGGCUUAAAAUUUUUAUUUAAUCUUGACAACAUGCACGUAUUUCACUAUAAGGAUAUACUUAUUUAGAAAUAUAUUUCAGGAAAUGUAAAUGUUUAACUAAUAAAUAUUUUAUUUAAAUAAA